AUGAAGCAGCGCAGGUGGUGGGUGGCCUUGGGCCCAUGCUGGAGCAUGUCUCCGGCGAGAAGCAGCAGCAGAGUAUGCCCUGACGGCAGCGGCAACCCAUGGCGGUGGGUGCAUGCGGGCAGAAGGGGUGCGGCAUGGGAGGUGGAUAAGACCUGCCAGAUGGAGUUGCGGUCGGUCGCCGUCGUCCAUUUGUACAGCCACACGCUAUACAUGACGCUGGUUUUGACUGCUAGUUGCACGCUUGCUUCCUAA